AUGCCAGAGCUGCUAGCAUUUCUUCGAAGCCUCAAGACAAUUCUGACCAUCUCUGUCCUCAGAGUGUACAAUCUGGAGAGAGAGACGAUGGGUUGGGAGUUUCACAAUGUCCUCAUGUUCCCGAAUUGCCAUGUCUGUAAAUUUUCUUUCCUUGGCCUACACUCAGCCAGGAAAUAUUCAAUCGAGACCCAUCCACCCAAGGAACAACAUCCAAAGAUGCGACACACGAACAUCAUCAUGAGCCUUGUCUGCCUUGCCGCCUUCGCCACAUGCUCCUUGGCUCAAAGCAACACAACACUCACGCAGACCGUCAAGGAGACAGUCACAGCAACAGUCACAGCAGCGCCAACAACGAUGACUACAAAGAGAUCAACUAAUCCUAGCGUCACCUCCGCUGAGCCAACUUAUCCUUCCGCCACUUCCAUACCAUACGGCCGCGGCGUUGUCUACCACCCAGAGAACUGUACCUACUCUGAUGCGCUGAUUCCAGACGACAUCACACCGCCAGUACUAGAACCUCCCGAGGCGCAAUGCAAAAUCUCGUGGGGAGCGGUAGUGGAUGUGAUCGAUAUUUCGUGGUCUGGCAAUGUUGGUGUUAAGCCCGAGACCUUGGAGGGAAAGCUCGUCGAAUGUGGAGGUAUUACCGACUUCAUCCUGUGGGACAAGAUGGAUUCCAACGAUGACAUCGAAUGGAGCGAGGCUGCUCCGAAUGCACGUUACUGGAUGCAAGCGUCAGCUCUUCUUGGCAAGCAUUAUUGUAUCCAGGACUCGAUCAAGAAAGCUGGCUAUCAGGGCCCACCGGUCAAAGGCUACGUGGAUCAGGAUUUGAGGAAGUGA